CGUAAACAAUCCAUCUAAUUAUAGCACACGUAAACACAGACGAGGCAAGGACAAGAAAGCAGACAAAAACAUCGAGGCGGAGAAGAGAGAAAAGGAAUAAUCAUGACAAAUCUUAGUCCAAAAACUGUGGUGAAGAGUGUGGGACCCUUUCUCGUUCCCUUCUUCAAGACUGUAGCCAUCUUUUUCGUUUUGUUUGGAGAUGACAGCAGAGAUGAAUCAAUAUUCUUCUGCAUCGUAAAAUGCCUCCCAAUUAUCUCCCUGAUGGGAUUUGUGAUCGUUCAUGGCAUGAACCAGACAGAAUACUAUCGCUACUCACGCCGAAUUCUGAUUGGUCUUGUUUUUUCCUGCUUAGGUGAUGCCUUCUUGGUGUGGCCUGAUUAUUUUGAAGUGGGUAUCUUCAUGUUUGCCAUAGCCCAGUUUUCCUAUGCCCGGGCUUUUGGAUGGCGUCCCAGGAAGAUCCUCCAUGGGCUUGGUUUUGCUGCUGUGGGAGCACUUGUCUACAUGUUCCUGGCCCCAGCAUUGGAAGGCAUAAUGCUGUACAUUGUUGCAGCAUACAUCACCCUGAUCUGCACUAUGGCUUGGAGGGCAGUUGCUAGGGUGGAGUUCUACAAUGACCUUUGGACCUGGACCAAACUCUGUGGAUGCAUUGGAUCCAUUCUGUUCGUUAUCUCAGACCUCACCAUUGCCGUUAACAAGUUCCGAUUUCCUGUACCUUGCCAACAUCAGAUUGUCAUGCUGACCUACUAUGCUGCACAACUGGGGAUAUCCUUGUCUGUCAUUGACAGCCCCAUUGAUGAGCUUCUAGAAAAGACCCUCAAAGUAUCAUAAAAAGGAUCCAUUUUGAACAACCCCUUGAGAAUGGGGUAAGAUUAUGCCGGUUCAUGCCAUUUGGAUCCAUUUUGAACAACUCCUUAAGAAAGGGGUAAGAUCAUGCCAGUUCAUGCCAAAUGCAUCUUACAGAGUUCAAAGUCAUUGAUCAAAUUAGAAUAUGUAUAAACUGUUGAUUUAUUGGUUAGUUAUUGUUAAUUAGUGUUAUUUUACUGUUGAACUCUGCAGAGAUUUGCAGAUUUUGUUUUUUCUUCAUUGAAUUGUAAUUUGUAGCUACAGUAGUGAAAUUGUAGUCUUUUGUUGUGUUGAAUGAUUGAAUUAUAUCUGUUACAAGUCAUUUUUGUGUGUUUUAAAUUGUGAAUUGGUGAUGUAUAUGUUGCUGAGGUUUGUUCCUGAUAAUGCUCAUACAUGUACAUACACUGUAUAACACUGAAAAUUUAUGAUGCUUAUAGAUGUGAAUAAUGAUUUCUCUCAUAUUCUUUUCUUUUUGAAAAUCAAUUGCAAUUGCUUUAAGGUUAUACUUACAUAAUAGUAGUAAUCCACUUAAUUGCUAAACAUACAGAUGGAUGUUUUAAAAUUUUCAGUGUUUAAAAGUAUUUGUGAACAGUUUUAUCUUUUAAAUUCCCUUUUAUUGUGAGAAUUUAUAUUAAGAAUCUGCAUUUAAACAAUUAACCGGUACAUUUUUUACAUGAAUUUUUCAUAAUAAUACCAAUUUUGGUGCUAUAUUGUAUAUCUUGAUAACCCAAACAAAAAAAUGUCAAUACCGUAUAAUCCCUAUUUAUCGCCCCGGGGGCUUAGAAAAUUGUAAAAAGGGGGCGGUUAUUUUGGUACUCUAUUUAUGAUAUUUAAUGUCAUAUUUUAUCUUCAAAAAAUCUUUUGAAAAAAAAAAAUAAAUACAAGGAACCACUGAAAUAAUGUCUAACUUUACUGAAACUGAAGGUAAUCCACCCAAAUUAUGCAAAAUUAUUCAUUUUCCACUGAAAAAUUGCAUAAUAGACAAGUUUAAAUUCCACUUUCUUCAAUAUUUUGAUACGAUUCUCGUUGAUUUUAAUCACUGUACAGGGGGCCCUUAUUUCCUGACAAUUGAAAAAGACCUAAGGGGGCUCUUAUAAGGGCAGGGGCGGUUAAUAGGGAUUGUUCGGUAUGUGGGUAUUAAUAUCAAGUAGACUGUGUUCAUUUUGAUUCAUACAUCCAUACAUGUAUAAUGCUAAAUUGUCAAGGUCUCAUAGUUUUUGAAAGUGAAGCUUGAAUUUGAAGCCAUACAAAUAUAGUUGUGCAGAGAUUUUUUUUUUUCAUCAUGACAACACUUAAUGAUUGUUUAUAUUUUACGAUGAUAAAAACAAGUCAAUACAUAUAUAUUUAUUUAAACUAAUGUGUGUUUGAGUCCAUUAAGAAAAAUUACAGUAGUUAGUUUGUACUUGUACCCAUGAACAAUUUAUUUGGAAACAUGAACAAAAAGUAUUCUGAAAACUUUUAGAAAUGUCGAUGCAUCACUCAGAUAACUUUUUAGCUCACCUGAGCCGAAGGCUCAAGUGAGCUUUUCUGAUCACAUUUUGUCCGUCGUCCGUCUAGCUGUCCGUCCGUCCGUCUGUCCGUCCGUCCGUCUGUAAACUUUUCACAUUUUCGACUUCUUCUCAAGAACCAAUGGGCCAAUUUUAACCAAACUUGGUACAAAGCAUCUUUGGGUGAAGGGGAGUUUAAAUUGUUAAAAUGAAGGGCCAAGUCCCCUUACAAGGGGAGAUAAUCAAGAAAAGUCAAAAAUAGGGUGGGGUCACUAAAAAAUCUUCUUCUCAAGAACCACUGGGCCAGGAAAGCUGAAACUUAUGUGGGAGCAUCCUUGGG